AUGUUGUUCUCCGCCCCCAAGUGGCUGGAGGAAACCAAAAAGAAGAAAAAAAGGCUCAGGGCCACUAAAUUCUCCCCCGCCCCGCGCAAGGCUCUUGCUUUCUCUCUCUGGGGCCGUCUGGCCAACAUGGCCACGCACGUUUUUCUCACGGGACCCCCAGGAAUUGGAAAAACAACACUGGUUCGGAAAGCUGCUGAAAUUUUGAAAUCAUCUGGUAUCCCCAUUGAUGGAUUUUACACAGAGGAAGUGAGAGAAAGUGGCCGGAGAACAGGGUUUGAUGUUGUCACUCUGAAUGGAAGAAGAGGAAUUUUAUCUAGAGUUGGCUCUGGUCAUUCAGCAGCAAGGCAUGAAUAUCGAGUUGGCCAAUAUGUUGUAGAUCUAGCUUCAUUUGAACAAUUGGCUCUUCCUUUGUUGAGAAACACUGAUUUUGACAGCAACUCAGUGAAAAAGGUAUGCAUAAUUGAUGAGAUUGGUAAAAUGGAGCUCUUCAGCCAGACAUUUAUUCAAGCUGUCCAACAAAUUUUGAAUGGAUCCGGGACUGUGAUACUUGGAACAAUCCCAGUGCCUAAAGGAAAGCCUUUGAGACUUGUGGAAGAGAUCAGAAAUAGAAAAGAGGUGAAAGUCUUCAGUAUUACGAGAGAGAAUCGAGAUGACAUUUUGCAAGAAGUUGUGACAGCUGUGCAGAACUGCCUAAAAUGAGAUGUUUGUCUUCACAUCCCACCUUCUGCUGCUUACAGUUUGAUGUUAUUUUCAUUAAUAUCUACAGCUUCAUUAACUUGGAAUAGGCUGGUGUAGGUGUUCUUGUUUUCAUAUGUGUUUUCAGAAGUUGAUUUCUGAAUCAUAAUUAAUUUGUUCAGGAAAAUAAAUGCACAAUACACAAACACAGCUACACAUUCACCAACAUACACUACAUUGUCGAAGGAGGGCAUUCCCAUGAUGUAAAGACUUGCCAAACUCUUAGCCGGUCUUCCACUCUCUUUGACUCAUCCAGGGUUUUAUGCAGUAUAUACCCAUUAUGCGUGGAACAUUUUUCAGGAAUACCAUUAGUCAAAAAGGGGUAGACAUGGAAAACUAGAAAAAGGGAGAUUUCUCAAAUGCCAAUGAAUUUUCUUUAAUUUACAAAACUCUGAGUUAUUUUAGAAAUUUGUCAAGGGCAUAGCUAAUGCAUUUUGAUUACUAGUUAUUAGCUUUUACACAGUUUGAAAAACACUUCACUGGCGUUUAGGGAUCUAAGGAAUCAAACCUGUUAGACAGUUUUAUUUGCCUCUGAAAAUAAAAGUUAAAAAUGACUGGAAGACUAGAAACAGGAGGCUUACAUUUAUCUAGUGCUAUUGUUGGGUUAUGAUGUGUGUGUGUGUGUAUGUGUGCGCACGCACACACACUGGGGUGGGUUCUACUUAACCUUUACUACCGGUUCGCAUCGUGCACGCGCAUGCACGUGUGCUCUGCUCGCACGCACUGUCUUCUGCGCAGAAGCUUCUGCGCAUGCACAGAUCACUUUUGAUGACAUUUGGGUCAGUGGGCGGAGCCUCCUGCUGGUUUUACUGCCAGUUCUAUAGAACUGUUCCAAACCGGGGGCAACCCACCACUGACAUGAUGUUGGUGAAAUAUCUACACACACACACAUACACACGAUGUUGGUGAAAUCAGAUUUUCCAAAAUUCCUUUAUCCCUUCAUUUGUUUGUUCAUUCAUUCAUUCAGCUCUUAACUUUUAAACAUUUAUCAAAUAUUUUCUAGCUAUUUAUUUCUACGUGGAAUGUAUUUCUCUUGUUAAUAAAUAAUUAUUAAUUAUUAAUUAUUUUUAAAAAAUCAGCUUGACAUUUGAUGCACCAAGUUAAAUUGCUGUUGUGCUCAUUAACGUGUAACAUUUUUUUUAAUUUUUCGUUUGUACCUUUUUCUGCUAAUAAAGGAGCAAUAAAUUACUGUGACACAACAUGCAUCCCACAAGACCUCUGAAUGGUGUUCAGGCAAAUUGUUUACCAUUUAAUCAGUUUAGCAUAUCAUGAAAGCUAAAUUCCCAGCCAGGUGCACGUGUUUUCAUACGCUGCAAUGUUUUUUUUGGCGCCAGCAAAAAAAAUGUAAAGAUACUCAAGCCGCUUUUCUUCUGGAAUGUGAAAUGUAACAUAUGUUCAAUUAAAGCAUUCCUUAGUCAAAGGA